AUGACUCAUAAUGGAGGCCUCUUGUCUUCCUGCAGUUCCUUCUCUCUAUGCAACAGACAUAGGGGGCCCCCAGGGCCCCCGGAAGCCCCAGGGGCCCCGUUCUGUUUGUCUGCAGCUGGGGGUUGCACGGGGUCGCCUGCCUCUGCUGGGGCCCCUGCUGCUGCAUCUGCUGCAGCAGCGUUCAGCUGCUGCACUGCAGCAGCACGCCGGGGUAAUGUGCUUUUAAGGGAGAUGCAGGCUCCUUUAUAUUCAAAGAAAGGAGCAAAAGAUUUGCCUGUAGAUUGUCGAGGGGUUGAUGGGGGGGACUACGGGGGCCCUCUCCUUCCUGCUUUUACUGGGAGAAGCUUGCUUGCUGCUGCAUCUGCUGCUGCUGCUGCUGCAGCAGCAGGAGGGGGAGGAGGAGACACCGGGGGCUCCAGCAAAGAGCAGCAACCCUCUACUUUCCUGCAGCGCUGGGCAGCACCCAUCUCGUCAGCAGCAGGUAGGGGGCCCCCCUGCGCUCUCAGCAGCAACUCGUUCUUAGAUAUAAAUUCAAAAGAACAGAUGGAGGGCCCCCAGGGGCCCCCAUUGAUGCAGCAGAGGCCCCUAGGGGGGGCCCCCAUUGGCUCGCCUCACUCAGGGCUUGCUGCUGCACUGGAACGGCUGAGGCAGCACACAUCGAUCUCCUCUUCUGCUGCUGCUGCUCCUUCUAUUGCUGCUUCUGCUGCUGCUUCUGCUGCUGCUGCUACUUCUGUUGCUGACGAAGACAAUGGCUGCUCAUCAAGGACCCCUGCAGCAGCUGCAGCAGCAACUGGGCACUGGCUACUGCGGGAUCAGCUGCGUCAGCAUCAGCAGCAGCAGCAGCAGCAUCAGCAGCAGGAAGCGAAAGGGAGCGGCAGCAGCAACAGAAGCGGCUGCAGCAGCUGCGUCAGCUGCAUCAGCAGCAGCAGCGGCAACUUGAACUGUCUUACCCGCAGCAGCACCUUUAAUCUCUUGCCUUCAGCAGCAGCAGAGUUAGGAGCGUCUGCUGCUUCGCUAGAAGCAAAGCAAGGGGGGGGCCCCUGGGGGCCCCUAAAAAACGGGUUUAGCCCUCAGCGAGGGGCCCCCGACAGCACAGGGUCGCAGCCAGGCUGCAGCAGCUGCUGCAGCUACUGCAGCAGCAGCAGCAGCAGCUGCAGCAGCAGCAAGAACAACAGCAGCAGCAGCAACAGCAGCAGCAAGCACAUGACAACAGUUUGCUUCCAGCCCGAGCAGCAGCAGCAGCAGCAGCAGCAGCAGCAGCACGAGCAUUCGCUCGCGCAGCGGGUUUCGCAUUUUAGGGCUUCAAAGGAAGAUGCCCCCCGAGAAGCUCGUUGGCAGCAGCAGCAGCAACACCAACAGCAACAGCAGCAGCAGCAUCAGCAGCAGCAGCAACAGCAGCUGCUGCUGCAGCACUUCGCAGUGGGCUGCCGGGGCCGCAAGCCUUUGCCUCCGAUCUGUGAAGGGUUUAGAGAGGGGCUGUCCUCUGGAGAUGCUGCUGCUAGCAGCAGCUCUCUACCUGCUGCUGCUGCUGCUGCUGCUGCUGCUGGGUUACAUUCGCCGAGCAGGCAACAGCAGCAGCAGCAGCAGCGGCUUCGAAAGGUUCAGCAGCAGCAGCAGCAGCAGAUUGGGGAGAUAGAGAGAACAGCGCAGCAACAGCACUCACAACAGACUCGCAGCAGCCGCCUUCUGCAGCAGCAGCAGCAGCAGCAGCAGCAGCAACUGCAGCAGCAGCAAAAUGCUUCACUUCUUGAUGUUCAUCUCUUGCAUUACCGCUCUGCCUCAGCACCUCGCCGGGCAGAGGAGCCAGCAGUUGCUGCUGCUGCUCCUGUUGCUGCCAGCUUCAGCUGCAGCAGCAGCAGCAACUGCAGCAGCAGCAACUGUAGGCAGCGAAUGCAUCUUAGCGGUGCUUCGUCAUCACAGGAAUACGCCUCAUGCAACGCACAGCAACAGCAGCAGCAGCAGCAACAGCAGCAGCAGCAGCAACAGCAGCAGCAACAGCAGCAGCAGCGGCAACAGCAGCAACGGCAACAGCAACAAAAAAGACGCACGCCACCCCAGGAGCAGCAACAGCAACAUCAGCAGCAACUAGGUUAUGCAGACGCGCGCAGCAGCUGCUGCAGCAGAAGAAGCAGCAGCAACGGCGGCAACGGCACAGCCAUCAGCAGCGGAAGCAAAGGGAAGGGGAGCACAUGCAGAACCACCAACAACAGCAGCAGCAACAGCAGCAGCAGCAGCAGCAGCAGCAGCAGCAGCCGCCCAGGGCUUAAACGCGCUUCCACCGAGGCAUCCCAAGGGGGCCCCCUUAAUCGCAGCGUAACAUACAACUCACCACAACUCAAGUAA